AUGCCUCAGCCGCAGAACCGCCUCCCCGAAUACGACGCCGAGAUCCUGGUGGACGAGCGCGAGGACCGCGGCGACGGCAACUUCAGGUACCGCUUCGAGACCAGCAACGGCAUCAAGACUGAGAAGGUUGGCACUCCUGGCUCCGAGGGUCAGAGCAACAUGCAGGGAGCCUUCAGACUCCUCGAGAUCGCCGAGCAGCAAAGGGCCCAGGGAAUCACCUUUGAGAAGUAA